AUGUUGUCGGUUGUGCUCGGCUCGACCACGAUAACAAUGAACAGAGGAGAGCAGGAGAAUCUUUUUCGGCAGUCACGAAACCUUCGGCUGCAACAGGAAGCGAAACAGCAGAUGCAGCUGCACCAGCAGCAGCAACACCAGCAGUAUCUGAACAAACCGCGUCACUUUUCCUAUGGUAACAUCCACCAGGUCAGCAAUCUUCAUAUGCAAGCAUCAAACUCGCGAUCGUUCGGCGAUGAGGGCGGCAGCGGUGGCAACAUAUUCGGGGGAGUUGCAUGUGAUGACCUGGUGCUCAGUGUGCUCAAAUCUCCGAUCAAGGAGACAACCAAUUUGCUCUGUAGUAGCAGCAUCGGCGGCCAGACGAUCUCCGCCAGUCCGAGCGCCGGUAGCAAUGGUCUUGGAACGGGGGCCAACACGGGAACUGCGACGUCCACAACCCUCACGCCAAGUCCGUGCGCCGGCUACCAGGCCCUCCAGGGCUCGGAAGAUGAGCUGGUCGACGAUGUGGAGUCGGCAAUCGAAACUACCGAGCUGAACGCAACCAAAUCGUCAGCGGAACAGUCUUCCUCGCCCCGUGCCCUAAAGUUCUUUCGACGUUUUCGGACGGGAAAAACGAGUCGCACCUUCGAGCCGCACCAUCGACGGGUUCCCACGCCGAUUCGUCGCAAGAAUCGAAGCCGCUCCCGGUCCCGGUCCGACUCGGGCAUCCUUGACCGGGUCACGACCGGCGAUGACCCGUGCGACGAUCUGCCGGGGGACGACGAUCCGUGUGACGUUGGUGACGACGAAGCGACUGCAAUCGCGGCGAAGAUCGGUGUGCCUGACCCGUACUAUCCCAUCGCACUGCCGAUCGACCAAGCGUUCAAAGCCAAAUACGUUUUCCAUCACCGUCGGGGUAAAACCGUGCAAGAGCGGUUCUACGUGUUCCUCGAGCACCCCGUCGGGUGGCUGUGUUUUGUAUAUCAUUUUUCCGUGUUUAUGCUCGUGUUGGUGUGUUUGAUAUUUAGCGUGCUGUCAACGAUACAGGAGUACAGUGAGUUCGCGAACGAGACCUUAUUCUGGAUGGAGAUCUGCCUGGUGGUGUUCUUCGGCGUGGAAUACCUGGUGCGACUCUGGUCCGCCGGCUGCCGGUCCAAGUACAUGGGAUUCUGCGGCCGGCUUCGAUUUAUCCGCAAACCCAUUUGUAUUAUAGAUUUAAUAGUUGUAGUUGCAUCGAUGGUUGUGCUGUCAGUUGGCUCAAAUGGACAAGUGUUCGCCACCAGUGCCAUCCGUGGCAUUCGUUUCCUGCAGAUCCUCCGAAUGCUGCACGUGGACCGGCAAGGUGGCACCUGGCGGCUGCUUGGGUCUGUCGUUUUCAUCCACCGGCAGGAACUGAUUACGACGUUGUACAUUGGUUUCCUCGGGCUAAUAUUUAGCUCCUACUUUGUGUAUCUGGCGGAGAAGGACGUGACGGGGCCGGACGGGCGGCAGGACUUUGCCAGCUACGCGGAUGCCCUCUGGUGGGGCGUAAUCACCGUGACGACAAUAGGCUACGGGGACACCGUGCCGCACACGUGGAUGGGCAAAAUCGUGGCCUCGUGCUUCAGUGUGUUCGCAAUCUCGUUCUUCGCGCUUCCGGCGGGUAUCCUCGGAUCCGGCUUCGCGCUCAAGGUUCAACAGAAACAGCGCCAGAAGCACUUCAAUCGCCAGAUUCCAGCGGCUGCCAUGCUGAUACAGUGCCUCUGGCGCUGUUACGCCGCCGACAAAAGCUUCCACUCUGACGCGACCUGGCAGAUCUACGUCAAGUCGGACGAUCAGAAUGCCAACAGUUCGAAUAUCAGCACAGCCCUUCCAUCGCAGCUGGGCAAAACCCUAAUGGUACAGGUGGCGAGACGCGGCGCAUCGGUGCUCAAGCGUAGGAAAUCCCGCAACCGAAUGGAGGCCCCGGACAUCAAAAAUGCAGCGUCGAGCGGGGGCAACUCGGCGGGGGCGGCGGUGUCGAGCGCCUCGGGAGCUGCCCCUAGCGGCGGCGGACCCGGACAGGUGGGGACGGCCGGGUCCGGCAGCGGAGUGGGAAGCGAGAAUACGCUCGGAACGCCGGUCACACCCGCUGCCGACUCGCAGCUGUCGAAAAGCGAGUCCGAUGGCGAUGUGGUCUUCUACAUGGUGGAACCCCGAGCAGCAGGUACUCCUUCCCGAACGCGGCGGAACGAUUCCACGAACCGGGGCGCGUUUGUCAGUCAGAAUAGCUCCUUGACGGAGGCGCCCAGUGACGAGGUGGAGCAAGAACCGGAAGCGGACGAUGAACCGGAACCAGCCCGAGUGACGCAAUUGACGGAAGCCCAUCGAAACGCAAUCCGUGCGAUUCGAAAGAUCAAAUACUUCGUGGCGCGGCGCAAGUUCCAGCAGGCCCGCAAACCGUACGAUGUCCGGGACGUGAUCGAGCAGUACUCCCAGGGGCACCUGAACAUGAUGGUCCGCAUCAAGGAGCUCCAGCGACGGCUGGACCAAACCCUGGGCAAACCGGGCAGCUACCUAGCCGGUAUUGACCGGGUCGGAAACGUCAAACCGAUGACAGUCGGAGCUCGGCUGUACCGUGUCGAGCAGCAACUAUCUGUGAUGGAUAAGAAAUUAGAUCAAUUAACCCACGCUAUCAACUCAAUGACGAUGCAGCAGAAGAUGAUAUUACCCCCCAUUCAAGCGCAAAUGUUUCCCUGCCAGCAACAGUCGCAGCAGCAGCAGCAGCAUCAGCAACAACAACAGCAACUGCAGCAGCCAGUUCUGCACCAUAUAACCAGUAUCAGCUGCAUGUCACCGCUGCAAUUGCCACCGGCACCCUCGCAAGCAAACUCACCAACGCUAACCAAAUGCCUCGAAGACGAUGUAUAA